AGGUGCGGGAGGAUUACACAUUGUUCGUCUGGUGAGUCAUGCGUUAUAUUAUGUGUAAAGCUGGUGUGAUGUUGAUCAUCGAAUAUGCAGGGCUCCAAGACCAGACGAUCGUAAGGGCAUCGACCGACGCACAAGGGGCUUGCUCGCCGAGCAGCCGUCGGAUUUCCUGAGCUGCAAUGAUGCUCAAGCGUAUCACCACAACCCCUGGCACGAUCGUCUACUGAAAAACUCCACCUGGCAACCGUGGGAGCUCACUGCGCUAUCGCGCAACUGUUUCUCGUUAUUCCCCACGCCUAAGGAGCACGAAGCUCCAUUCAUGACCAGUCGAGGGCUUCGCGUCACUAUGCCAAUGUACCAGCCGGAUUCCCGAAAAAUGAUGGCUUUCGCAUGCGUCACUCUGCUCAACGAAGGACUCACGACGGAGCAGCUGGUUUGUGUUGUCCUUCUCAGGCUUGGCCCACAGUCGACGCAGUAUGUGCGGAGUACGUACAACGACUUGAUAUUCCUCUCAAGGUCGGAUAAGGACUAUUUUUCGUACCAAUCGGUAAACGUACUCAAACCGCGUUCAAACAUUGGGCGUUGGAGGGGUUUAUCUCCUGCUGACACAUCUAUGACACUUUUAAUUGUCGCCGUUGACGGCCAUUACAGCAAGCAACUGAACUGCUACUUCCCUCGACGGGCCACCAUGGCUGAUCUCCUGUGUCUCGAAGACAAGUUCAGAAGCGGCGAAGAGUCUGUUCUGUCAGACGACCAGCAACUCAAACUGACGAAGUUUCUUGUGUCAUUGGGAGCCCGUGAAGGCAAGCAGACGUUGUCAUUGCGGCAAGACUUGAUUGCACAAUGUCUCGGCAAUGCUCCAGAGCUGUGUUGGUUGGUCGAUAACGAUGGAGAACGCAGCAAGGGUAGGAAGGGGCUCCGAGAUACGCUAUGCUUUGGCUUCGACAGGUAUGAUUUUGAAGUUCACGUCGAAUUGUAUGGGGACAGGGCGCUAUGCGACGCUGCUUCUACAACAAUGGGCGCACCUCCUGACAGACCUCGAGGGACUUGGCCCUCAAGCUUGUACGAUGAGGAAGAGGACGUCCUACUCACAGAUCGCACGCGUGUCAGCUUGUUGGCACCGCAAAGCCCACGAGUCGAUAGUGAAGCCCAGGCCAUUGAGCUGGCCGUCGGCAUCCGGCGCGUGGCAACCUCGCCCUGGGGCAUCAAGAGAUACGUCUUGUCCAUCGCAGACGCCGCACUGGGGGCUACGUGAUGGAGGACGCGGCGACUUGCUCGGCUUGGCGCGUCAAACAGGGAGCUGACUUCCCGUUCCGAAGCGGCUGGUCCGAGCUCCAACCUCGUCCAAGUCGUCGUUCCCGAGCGCUGGCAGCGACGCACUUGGUAUCGCCAUGGGAGACGAGGCGUCGUCGCCGAAGCGCAAGAAAGUACGCGCAAAGUACGCGUCCAGGUAGGCCCGCCCACGUCUGAUGGCGACCGCAUGCUAACGGCUGUGCAA